GUGUGGUUCCAGAACCGCCGGGCCAAGGAGAAGCGGCUGAAGAAGGACGCGGGGCGGCACCGCUGGGGGCAGUUCUACAAGAGCGUGAAGCGGAGCCGCGGGGGUGGGAAGCUGGAGAAGGAGAGCUCGGCCGAGGACUGCGGAGUCAGCGACAGCGAGCUCAGCUUCCGCGAAGACCAGAUCCUCUCCGAGCUGGGCCACAACAACAGGGUUUACGGCACCGUGGGGGACGUGGCGGGCGGACAGUUGCUGAACGGCGGCUUCUCCAUGGAGGGGACGGGACAGUCGUACCAGGACUUGCGGGACGGGAGUCCCUACGGCCUCCCCCAGUCGCCGUCCUCCAUCUCCUCCCUGCCGUCCCACCCGCCCUUGCUGAACGGGCUGGACUACGCCAUGGACGGCAGCCUGGGGCUGGUGGCCCACGGGGCGCAGGGGGUGAGUCAGACGCUGCGGGCCAUGGCCGGGGGGGGCCCCACCUCCGACAUCUCCACGGGCAGCAGCGUCGGGUACCCAGACUUUCCCACCAGCCCGGCCUCCUGGCUGGACGACAUGGAUCACCCCCCUUUCUAAGCGCUGCUCGCCCCCCGCCCCGGCCCCCUCGCUCCCCCCCCCAGCCCGCAAGCGCAGCACUGAGGGCACCCGCCGGCGGUUGACCUUUCCAGGAUUUCCCAUGGGAAUUGGUCCCGGAGGGCUGCAGGGAGGGGCGGGCAGCACUGGCGGUGGGUAGGGGCGUCUGUGCUCGGGGCGGGGGGCACGGAUGCCUUCGGGUGUAAGCACAAGAGAGAUGUCGGCGCACGGGAUGCACGGCGAGGACCCGGCGCAGGGCUGGGGCACGGCCGUAGUGUGGGACAGCGGGAGGGAAAGAAGGACAAUCAGGGAUGGCAGAGUCCGUCCCGGCACCCGCACCAGCCCCGCAGUUCCCGCACCCCCCUGCCGAGCACCGCUGCUAUUUUCAAGAGUUAUUUUUCGAUACGGAGCUGAAAUGCAACUCGGCGCUGCCCGGAGCCUCAGCAGAAAGAGAAAUCUAUAUUGUAGAAGGGUUUAUUUUGCCGGGGACGUGUCCGAGUGGGGCCAUUGUCCUGCUGCCCGGGGCGAUGCUGCCGGGGAAGAUCCUGCCUGCUCCUGGCCUGGUGGCCGCGGGGCUAUGAUUUAUCCCUGGGCACACAGGAGUGUUUAUGGAGCAUCACUGCGGUUUCACCAUGGUCACGCGAUGGGGAGGAAUUAAAAAACAAUGCCUCUGGCUCGGGAUGCCCACUGGCCAAGCUGGGCUGUGGUGGAGCCAGCAGGGAUGCUUGGGGCUGGCACCUGGAAAGCAGCUGCUGGAAGGGUGGGUGGGAGAGGUGGGCAAUGUUUGCUCUGAGGGUAUUGCAAAAAAUUCCCCCCAAAAGGGGGAAAAAGGGUAUUUUGUCAGCUGCAGAAGCAGCUGUGUGGUGGGGAGUGGAGGGGAUUGGGGUGUGAGAUGUCCCUGGUAUAGGCCACCGAUGUCCUUUGGUGCCGUGGGGCUGAUGGCACCAAGCGUGGGUGGAGGCAUCCAGGGAGGAUUCAGGUGGCUUUGGCACAUCCUGCAAGCCCCAUGGGGUCUGCUCCUGGCUGGGCCCACCCAGCACCAGCCCCUUGCUCAAAACCCACGUGCCUCUCUCCCCCAGCACAGUCCGCACCCCCUACCCUCACACAUUCAGCCCCAUGGAUAAAAUCCAGCUCCACACUCUCUGCCUGGGGUGCCCAGCUCUGUCCCAACCCCACAGGGAUGCCCCAGCCCCCGGGUC